AUGGGCACCCAAUUAGUACUGUUGUGUCUAGCACUGAUACUGAAUCUCACUCCAUCCCUUGCAAGAACCACAUUGAACGAAGGCUAUGGUGAUGAUAGUGGGUGUCCAUUAGGGAGUAACAUAUACCAAUACACUUGCCCAGAAGCCGAGGCCAUCAUAUUCUCUUGGGUGGAGCAAGCAGUUUCCGAAGAUUCAAGAAUGGCAGCCUCACUGCUUAGGCUACAUUUCCAUGAUUGCUUUGUCAAUGGUUGCGAUGCUUCGGUAUUGCUAGAUGACACACAGGACUUUGUAGGUGAGAAAACUGCUGCUCCAAAUUUGAAUUCACUCAGAGGAUUCGAAGUAAUUGACAAAAUCAAAUCCGAACUAGAAGUAGUGUGUCCACAGACUGUUUCCUGUGCUGACAUAUUGGCUACUGCUGCUCGAGAUUCAGUUCUUCUGUCUGGAGGUCCAAUUUGGGAGGUGCAAAUGGGAAGAAAAGAUGGUAUGAGUGCUAGCAAGGACGCAGCAAAUAACAACAUCCCAGGCCCAAACUCCACUGUUGAAGUGCUCUUAGCCAAGUUCGAGAACGUGGGCCUUACACUUAAAGACAUGGUUGCCCUUUCAGGUGCCCACACAAUAGGAAAAGCCCGGUGCAGAACAUUCAGCUCUCGUUUACAGAGUAACAGCGACUCAGAAAGUGGCAACAUAGAUUUCCUGGCAUCGUUGCAACAAUUGUGCUCGGGACCCGAUGGUAGCAACACGGUUGCACAUCUUGACCUGGCUACACCUGCCACGUUUGAUAAUCAAUACUUCGUUAAUCUUCUCUCUGGGGAGGGGUUGCUCCCUUCAGACCAGGCUCUUGUUAAUGGCAAUGACCAGACACGACACAUUGUGGAAACCUACGUCGAGAAUCCCUUAGCUUUCUUCGAGGACUUCAAGGUUUCCAUGCUGAAAAUGGGAAGCUUGGGAUCGCCAAAGAGUAAUGGCCAGAUUCGUAGGGACUGCCGAACUAUUAACUAAUUUUACCCUUUUAAGUCAAAAUAAUUUUAGUUCUCAAGAUCAUGUUGCCCUGUGUAGAAUCAAUAUGGUGAUCACAUCAUAAUCGGUUAUUAGGAAGAACUAUGUUAUUACGCUAUUGGUUACUUGAAUCGAGCAUAGUUAAAUUUUAUAAGUAUUUGGUGAAAGCCAUUACUUCGUCGAGCUCCACGUCUGUAAGU